AUGACAAAAACCUACAAUGACAUCGAAGCGGUAACAAGGCUCUUAGAAGAAAAAGAAAAGGAUUUGGAGCUAACUGCUCGUAUCGGCAAGGAAUUGCUGACGGCUAACGGCCGGUUGGAGUCUCGUGUCACUGCCUUAGAGGGCGAGUUACGUGGCGCUCGGGACCUCAUCACACAGCUUAAACACGAGCUCAACGCCAAAAGCGAUUUACUUCAGAUACUAACAAAUGAUACAGAGGAUUCCCCAACGGAAGAGAAGGAGGCGGCGACGGCUGCCCUCCUUCGGCGACGUACCGGCGCCCUGGAGCGAGAGAACAGAGCCCUACGAGACGAAGCAUCGCGGCUCGCAGCCGGUGCGGACUCUGCAGAACUGGCCGAGAGGCAGCUACUUCGGGACAUCGCAGCGCAGCUAGCGAGUGCUAAUUCAGAGACGAAUGAACUUGGGUCCGAGUUAUCUGAAGAGAGACAAAGAUCCUGCGAACUUCAGCAACAGCUAGACUCGACCAAUGCAAGGCUUGCUGUAUCUGAUCGAAAUUUACAACAGUUAACAGCCGAGCAUGAUCACACGCUGCGAGUAUUGGAAAUAACAAGAGAAAAUCAAAAUGCACUCGCGGCUGAGUUGGCCGAUGUUAAGGAACGAUAUUCGGAAGUGGCAGCACAUUUGGCGGAAGCGCAAGAAGCAUUACGGCAAGUUCGCAAACGAGGCGAACCGGUCCGUGGUCUCAUGCCGAGUGUAGCAGCGGCUGCGGGUCUACUCCCAGCGAGUCUUCAUCGGGAGAUGCAUUCCUCGGUCUACUCGGAGUUCAGCUUGGACUCGGGCAUUGGGGAUCCGCUUGCAAAUUCAAGCAUGCAAAAAGUGUUCGAGACAGUCCAAUGCGCGUCACGCUGGUCUGGUGCUUCCUUAUCCGGAUCUGAGAGCGAGGGUGUGCCCAAACCGAAACCAAAGGCCAAAACUAUAUCAACUGAUAGCUUCUUUGAAGAUAUAUCCGAUGUUGAAUCCGAAGAUUUAUACCCCGGUGGCUCGGGCGUUGGAGUUCCUGGAGCGCCAGGGGCUGCAGAAUUGGCUGCGGCUUUAAGACGGCUCACGCCACAAGAGAUCGAUUCGCGGCGUGCUUCGUUGGCUGCCUCACACGUUCUUAGGAAUAAACGUACAGAUCGCGAGUGGAGCGAAGAGAGCGCAGUGUGGGGGGCGGGAGUAGGAGGAGGGGCGAGGUUCCGAACUCCUCACAAACUGCAGAUCGUCAAACCGAUGGAGGGCUCCCUCACUCUACACACCUGGGCACAGCUGGCUAAGCCUAACAUGUCCGGCUUACUAGAAGAUCAGGAAGGUGUAGGCGUACGAGGAUCGAGAUCAGCUCAAGCUCUCGGUUUGCGGAUGUACAGACUUUCAGAUGUGGAGGAAGAUGACGAUAUGUUGCGGCUCCCUCACUCCAGUCACAUUUACACGUUUACGAAUAGCACCGUAUUACACCCGAACGACGGUAGUCUCGCGGGCAGCAGUGUGAGUAGUGUAUGCAGCAGUGGAAUGAGUAGUCUCGCGAGUAGCGUUUUGGGGAGUGCUUGGAGUUCGCGGCUUACAUCGCGUCGAACAUCCGCGGCCGUAUCGCCCGUAUUAUCGCGGCGGGACUCCUUCUGCACCCCCUCUGCUCCCCCCUCGCGGCCCCACUUCUCCCCAACCGCGACGCCCGCAAACAGCCCCCUCCUGGGAUCGCCAGACGACUCGCCGCCUCCAACUCCGCGUCCCAACGAUGUCCCCCCAUCGUUACACGCGUUGAUCGCGAGCGGGACUUCCAUCCUCCGCCGCAGAUAUCUUACGUCUCCCUCCUCGGAUGGGUCUCCCGCUCCCCUCGCCCUUCAAACGGCGGGCUCGCUUUACACAGGCCUGGUUCAUAGGAGUCCGAUGGAGCAGCUCACGUGUUUGAAGCGCACGCUUAGAUCACCCGCCGCCCCGCCUGUCGAGCGUGUGGACGCCCCUUUUGGUGUUCCGGCACAACCGGGGCAGGGAGCUUUAGACACGGGGACAAUAGGCAGACGGGCGAGAGGCCAACGGGCGCCUAGACCGCGAGGGGACCUAGGCACGGUCGGAGUCGGCCCUAGUACAACAAACAGCACUCCACUUAGUUCUUCCCCAUUAGGCACGCUAAGCACCUUCCUCUUCGGUAGGAAGGGUGGCCUACUAUGA